GCGUUCGCUGUUCGAAUAUGGUGAAGUAGUCAGUUGGAGGAGGACAUUUUUCUCGUACCGCAGAAAAUUAUUAUAUUCGUUAGUAAACAACAAUGUCUUCAGUUCAGUAUUUGAGAGGGUUUAUCAUCGAGAGACUAACUGCUGCUGCUGAAGAAAUAUUCGGAGUUUUUGAGAAAACUAUCGUCGAGUAUGAAGAAGAGAUCGACCGUCAGCGCAGACUGUUGGAAAGUUGGAAACCUGAAAUGACGUUACAAACGACAGUCCCCACAGAGCUCCCACAGCAACAUGUCUGUAAGGAGGAGGAGGUCGUCACUGACCAACAGCUCUGUAUUGGGGAGAGGAACUUCAGUGUGGACCAAGAGCAGCCAGAGCCUCCAGAGAUUAAAGAGGAAGAGGAGGCAGUCCAUGUAACGAGAAUGAAUUGGCAGGAAAUUCAAGAUGCAGUCUUAUCAUCUUUUCCAUUCCUCACCGAUGAGACGUUGACAUCUCUGCUGGAGGGCUUAGAGGAACUUGGCAUUGAGAGUAAAAAUGACAUGCAGUUUCUCCAAGAGAAUGAUCUUGAGAAGUACCUCACACCACUCCAGCGCCGAAAACUUGUGAACGACUGGAAGCAUAAAGAACACAGCCCAGUCAACUCAAAUUCAGACACUGUUGCCUCCCUUCCCCUUUCCAUAAACUCCCCAUUCACCCUGAGUAUUCAAAGCACGCAGGAAAUGUCUGUAACUGCUCUUCCCAGCAGACCAUGGCAUACCAACUUCAGAGUCGACUGGGACAGAAUGCCAGCAGGGAUCCGGAGAGCAGUGCUUGGUCUUAAAAGACCAUCGCCACAAGACAGAAGACAGAUGGUAAAGGUCGUGGUGGAUCAGAUGCGUGAACAUGAUCUCAAUCCAUCGAGAGCUGUUUGCCAUAAUAUAAUUCGGGGUAUCAUUAGAGAGUUUCCGAGAAGUUUCGCUGAUGUUGAUCAAAAUGGAGAGUUUGUGGGAGAUGGCUGCAGCUCCCUCCUCAUGCAAAUAAAAGCAAGAGUGGAGUACAAGAACCGCAACAGCACAUGUGCACGGCGGAGAAGAGAGAGAGGUUCCAACUCCCAGGGGGAAAAACUAUCAAGAGGCCCAGUGGACCAGUACGGCUGUGUGAGGUGGGAACCUUUAAACCUCCCACUAGGUGAAACGGAGGUGACACUAGAGGACACGAGGAGGCAAACGGUGACCCUCCACUCAGAGGAAGGAAUGGACGGGACAGAAAAGGCAGUGAAGUUGCUUGAAAAAACGUACGCAAUACUUCGCCAAUACCUAAACAUGAUCCCUCCACCCGCCAUAUUGGAUGUAAAAAAAGAAUGGCCUUAUCUGUUUACUCAGAGGGGCAUGUUCUCCCAUUUCCUUCAACUGACAGACAUCUCCAUCCUCGCCAAGCUACCAGAGGCCAUAGAGCGAAAAGGCGAUCUAAUCCUAAAGUUCUGCCUCAAACUCAACAAGAACGCGGGAGUUCAAGAGGUCCUUGCUAAGUAUGAGCCAAACACAAGUCAAGACAAGGCCAUGUGCAUUAUACUUCUGCUGCUGGCCUACUUCAAAGAAGCAAGGGAUGCAAUCAUCGUUCAGGCUGACCCGUCAGCCACAGCUGCUGAUAUCCAGGGGACCCUCAACUUACCCAGCACCCCUCGGUUGAUUGUAUCAGGUGAGGUGAUGAAGCCAAGGGCCUGGAUGCUUUCAAUCGAAGGCCAAGUGGUCAUGGGACCACAAGUUAACUUUGUCAAUGGGAUCGCUGCUCUCUUCGUUAGUUACUAUAACUUCAACCUGCAGUAUCCCGAGGAGGCCUCGUGCACCCUCGAGUUCAUCCAAAGAUGCUUUGUGGGCAUUAAUCCAGAGAAAGGUUCCAAGGCAAAGAAGCAGCGUGGAGGUAUGAAUCCUCACGUGUGCACCCUCACGAGGAAACUAAUGGACCUUGAGUGGAUCUUCGUGUAGACAUUUUUGAACCCUCUGCCACAAAGGUGCUGGUCGAGUAGCUGCCUCUGCAGCCGGCUGUUCGUCUCCCUCUCCUCUGCCAGCUCUCUCUGGGUGUGGCGGUACUGUGCCUCCCUCCUGCUCGCCUCCUCCUCUGCCUCGUUCAGCUGACGCUUCAGAGAG